AUGGAUCCAGUACUAGCAGAAACGGCACCUGCGCAGAUAGCAGCGUCAGCAGAACAACAAAAUGGCAAUGCAGCGGCUCCCGCCAAGCGCCACGAGGAAUAUCAGUACCUCGACCUGGUGGACGAGAUCCUCGAGACCGGUGAACAUCGCCCGGACAGGACAGGGACAGGAACCUACAGCAUUUUCGCCCCGCGUCCCUUGAAAUUCUCGCUGAAUUCCAAUGGAUCUCCUAUCCUCCCUCUUAUAACGACGAAGCGCGUGUUCCUGAAAGCUGUCGUCGCCGAGCUCCUGUGGUUCAUUGAGGGCAACACGUCGUCCCUUUCUCUAUCCGAUGCCGGCGUCAAGAUUUGGGACGGGAACGGAUCGCGCGAGUUCCUCGACUCCGUGGGACUCUCACAUCGCGAUGCCGGCGACCUGGGUCCCGUCUACGGUUUCCAAUGGCGCCAUUUCGGCGCGGAAUACAAAGACGCAAAAACAGAUUACACAGGGCAAGGCGUCGAUCAGCUGGCCGAAGUCAUACACAAACUAAAGAACAACCCCUAUGACCGCCGCAUCAUCAUGAGCGCCUGGAACCCGGCCGACUUGAAGAAGAUGGCCCUGCCGCCCUGUCACAUGUUCGCGCAGUUCUACGUGUCCUACCCGCGGAACUCGGGCAGCACAACAAACGGCACAAAUGGCGAGGCGAAGAAGCAGGGACAUCUGCAUUGUCUGCUCUACCAGCGCUCGUGCGAUAUGGGACUGGGCGUGCCGUUCAAUAUUGCCAGUUAUGCGCUGCUGACGCAUAUGAUCGCACAUGUUACAGACUUGGUGCCGGGGAGCUUGACACAUGUCAUGGGCGAUGCACAUGUCUAUGUUGAUCAUGUGGAUGCUCUAAAGGAACAAAUGACGAGACAACCGAGAGAAUUUCCGGGACUAGAGAUCAAGAGGGAAAAGAGCGGAAGCAUAGACGGAUGGAAAGCAGAGGACUUUGUGGUGAAAGACUAUAACCCGCACAAGUCUAUUGCUAUGAAGAUGAGUGUAUAA